AUGCAGGUUCUGCGAUGGGAUGGUGGAGGUCCUAUGCUGGCAACGAGAGAUAGCUCAACUCUCACUGUUUUGAUCGGUACAUUUGCGGUGUUAUGGUUGCUAUGGGCCAUCAAGAAACAAAGAAAGGCUGCAGUACAUCCAUUGCCACCAGGUCCCCGUGGCUUGCCAAUAGUCGGGUACCUUCCAUUUGUUGGUACAGAACUUCAUACGAAAUUUCAUCAACUGUGUGGGAUCUAUGGCCCCAUCUAUAAGGUUUGGCUUGGAAAUAAAUUGUCCAUUGUGAUUAGCUCACCCUCGCUAGUUAAAGAAGUUGUUCGUGACCAAGACGCAAUAUUUUCCAACCGUGAUACUAACAUAGUUGGACGUACUAUCACAUAUGGGGGAGCCGAUAUUGCUCUUUCCUUGAAUUGUCCUAACUGGAAGAUGUUGCGGAAGAUAUUUGUGAGAGAGAUGUUAAGUCCAACAAAUCUUGAUAUUACCUUGGCUUUACGGAGAGAAGAGGUAAGGAAGACUAUUAGAAAUGUGUACGACAAAAAAGGCACCCAUAUAGAUUUAGGGGACCUGGCGUUUAUAACGGUGAUGAAUGCCAUUAUGAACAUGCUGUGGGGUGGCACGUUACGUGGAGAGGAAGGGGCUAAGUUUGGAGCAGAGUUUAAGCAUAUCUUUGCGGAAUUAGUGAUGAUUCUCGGAAAACCAAAUGUUUCGGACCUUUUCCCGGCUUUAGCAAGGUUUGAUUUACAAGGGAUCAGAAGGAAAGCAAAGAGAAUUUCUGAAACCAUUGAUCGAGUACUUGAUUAUGCCAUUGACAAACAGAUCAAGAGUUUGGCCAAAGCCAAAGAAGAGGGAACGACAAAGACAGAACAAAAGGACUUUUUGCAAGUUCUCUUGGAACUAAGUGAGCAGGACGACGGUGCACCAUCAAUGAUCAUGACCCAAAUCAAGGCAUUGGUGUUUUUGAGCUGA